UCAUGUCAAAAGCUAUAUAUUUCGAAACCGAGCUGAAAGCACCGAUAUUUUUCAUUUCUGUAUGACGUGCUUAUUAUAGCUUGGGAUAGAGUAUUAACAUUUCCUCAUAUUCAGAGGUAAUCUAAACAUUCAUUGAUUUAAUUUCUUGUGACUUAACAGAAGGAGAAUGGCGGAUUCUCUUAAUCGCGAGAAAAACGUCGAGAAACCUAUUGAAACAGGUAAUAAUGGAAGUAAUUCUGAAGAUAAAAUUCCUCCUUAUUCCGACCAUGAAGCUGUUAUUUUAGCUCACAAAUUGAUUAAUUAUGAAACUUUCAUACAAGCACGACGAGUUUUAAUUGCUUGGUAUCAAAAUGGAGAAUGUAAUGCAAACAAUUAUGGAAAGAUUUUUUUUUUAACUCAGAUAUGCUUCGAUUACCAACGAAUAUUUGAAGCAAUGCAAAAGGAAGUGCAAAAGAAAAUUGGGUCGAUGAGGGAAAUGAUGGCAUUGCAAAAUUUUGAUUCCCAUUGUAAUCUGUAUAGAAUAGAAAAGACCAUUAAAAUGAUGGAAAACCCUGAAAUCUAUGAUGGUUUCAGUCCAAGUCAAAAAGAGAGAAUCCAAGCCGCAAAAAACGAGGUUGCACGUCUUUGGGAAAAUUUCUUCAGGGAACGUAUUUGUAACACAAGUGUAGAAGAUGGAUCAGGUAAUGCGAGAAUUGCUUGUAAUGAAAGAAAUAUGUUACUUUUUAAGCAGUUUUCUGAUAGCCUUAGAUUGGAAGUCGUUCAUGAAGAAGUAGAUGAGCUGAGAACAAGAUGUAAAGAAUACGAGCAACAAAUUUUGAUGCUUAAAUCAAAACUGGCUGGUGAAAAUUCCGGUAGUGACAGUGAUUCUGAAUACAAUCCUGAUCAUUUUCAUGAGAGUGAGGCAGAGCUUAUGGGUUUAAUGUCAAUUUUUUUGUAUCGUCAUUCAUCUGGAGUAAAUAUUGAUAAUAUCCAUUCGUAUAUAAAUACUAUCAUUCCAACUAUUGAUGCCGAAGAUAUUGAAAUUUUUUUGAGAAAAUUUCCUGGAAUUUUUGCAGAAGUUGAUUUUCAGUCUGGAAAGAGAUGGUUUUAUGUUGGUAGUUACCUAGAACCACCUGUUAUAAACUAAAUUUCAAUUUUUAAAGUGUGUUUAGUAGUUUAGCUAAUGUUGUAAAAAUUGAUUUAAGGAUUUUUGCUUACUUAUUAGACUUUAAUUAUGAUUUAAAUUAGCAUGAGAUUAUUAAUAUUGGCUUUUUAAACAUUUGUUUCACAAAUGGCUACCAAAAGUUUUAAAAGAAUUACAGCUUUCAAGAUGAACAAGAACUUAUAUUUGCUAUGUUUCAGUUUUUAAAAAGUCAAUAGUUAUUAGAUGAAACAAAUGAAAGUUGGAGAAGAGAUCUAACUUCAGUUUUAUGAAUUUUUUUCCCCAACAGAUGAGAAAGAAAAGAAAACAUGGGCAUAAUAGUUUUACAGGUGGAAGUUUUAAGGCAAUAUAUUUGAAAAUAAUUUAUCUUUACUUGUGUAUUCAGGCAUCAGAGCAAUGUCCAGUUUAGUUUUUCUGGAUACAUAAUAUUUUUCAGUAUAUUAAUAUUACAAUAUUUCUGACUAUAUAUCAAUGAACCUUUUUCAUUAUCCUAAUUACAAAUCUAAUUUUGAUACAGACAAUUAAUCAUACAAUGCAUUUCUAAUAUACAGACAGUUAAUAAAUUUUUGAAAGUAUAGCUGAAGAAAUGAUGUCAAGAAAAGAUUCUGGUCCAUGAUCAUGCUUUGAAUUCCAGCGUCUAAAAGCUUUACUUUUCCAUCUUGUGAAUGACUUUUGUGCCAAUAAUAAAUUGUGCUACCAUACAGACUAUAUAAAAACCUAUUUUAGUUUCAAGUGCAGAUGCAAACUAAACUUUUGAUUUGCAUACAUAUAUCUUAAAAGCAAUUUUCCUAACAUAACUCUGGUGCGUGGAUAUUUUAAAAUUAUAUAUUAUUAUUUAGAUUUAUUUAUACAUUAACAUUUUUUAAUUAUUAUUAUGUAAUACAGUUUUUUUAGAAAUUGUGAAUUUUACUUAAGCAAGUUUUUUUUUAUAUAUAUAUAUGGGCUAUUCCAUAAAUUAACUCAGUUUAAAGUAUAAAUUAAAAAAAAAAAUACUUUCAUAUAAAAUAUGAUAUCAUUUAAAGUUUAUUUUAUAAACUGUGCUGUUUAAAUUUCUGCUUUUAUCAUUAUUUUUAAAAUGGAAUUUGUUAGUGUUGUUAUAUCAUGAAAAAUAUUCCAAUGACUGAUAUUUUGUUUGUAGUAGUUUGGAGUUACGAAUUUUUGUUUAUACAGAUUUAUGUUGAUUGCUCUAUAAACUACCUCGUUUUCAAGUAUAAAUAAAAGAUAAAAAUGUAAAUAAACAGGAAAAACAGCCUUUAUACUUCUCUGUAAAAUUAUAUGUAUAUACAAUUGAGUCUCUAUUUUUAUCAUUCCACUGAUGAAGUUUGAUAUGAAGAAAAUUUAAUAAAUAGAAAUGUACAAAUUAAAUUAUAAAAACAUGAAGAAAGAAAAAGAGAAACUUAUCUACCUUUUUUAUUGGCUUUAAAACAUAUUUUAAAUUGUGAAAAGGUCUGCUUUGUAAAAGUUUUUUAAAAAAGGCACAUUUUUUCAAAAAAAAAAAAAUGUACAUUUAUGAGAAAAGCUUUAAUAUUUUCUUGAAACUGUAAUCCUCUACAAUUGUAUUAAAUGCUGCUGGUUUUUCUUAUCAUGAUGAUUUCUUAAGAUAACCACUUCCAUAUCCUUAUUGCAUUCUAAUGGUGCAGCUAAGAUUGAUUUGGCCUUGGUGUCAUUAACCCCAAAACAACCACCAUUAUAUUUUAACAUUUUGCAAUUAACAUUUGCAACGCUUUUUAGAAUAUUUAAUAAUUACUAUGUAUUUGUUAAUAUAGAGAAAAUUAGACAGCUAUUGUCUUUUCCAACAGUUCCGGAGUCUUCAGUUAUUAUCAUUUUUCAUGGAAGUCAGUUUUGUUGGAUCUUCAACAAAUGGAAAGAUCACAAAAUAGUGUGGAGGGAGGGAAUGCCAGAAAAAUUUUAUUGUAUAUAAAUUAUUUUUCCUAAUAUGUGUAAAUUUCAUUCAUAGUCAAGAUUCUGUAGAAGAUUUCAUUAAAUGGAAUUUUAUUGAUUUGAAACUCUAUUGUCUGUAACAUUAAAAAAUUGAAGAAAAAAAAUGUAAUAAAAUUACUGAUGUGAUUGAUUUUUGAAUAUUUUUUCUUUGAUUACUGUUUGCAAAGUAGUAACUUUCAACUAGUUUUGUGCCAUUUAAUGUUGUUGAUGUUGUGUCUGUAAUGUUUUCAUGCUGGAAAGGAAAUUUGUUUGUUCAAAUAUACAAUGUAAACUAUUAUACAGUUAUCUCAGAUCAAAUGUGUGAAAAAAAAAAUUUUUUUUAAUGGGAAAACUUUUUAUUGUAAUCUUCAUGUUUGCAUGUAUAUAUAUAUAUCAUAUAAUGAGAUAGAUGUUUCUGAUAUAGCAUUUGUUCACUGUUUUACUCUAUAAUAUGCAAACUAGAUGUGCUUUAUAAUAUCUAUAUGUGUUCUAUAAUAUCUUUGAUAUUUCAUUUGAAAUAAUAUUUAUUGCACAUUGUUUUUUCUCCACAAUUAUUCUACAAAUUUCCUUACUUUCAAUUGAUUUUUAUCUUUAAAAAAGUUGGGUAUUAAGUACUUCUCAUUAAAAUAUUUUUUAUUUGUGUUAGAUAAUAUAUUUAUAUAUUUCUAAAAAUCUUUUGAAUUGGUUUAGAAGUGUAUUAUUUUAUUAGAAGAAUUGUAUGUUAUUCUUUAAACCCUACUAAAAUGAAAUGAUAAUUUUUCAUUGUCAGAAUAUCUGCAUUAUGAGUGUCUUAAAUAGACAUAUGAGACAUUCAACCACCUUUUUUUAUUUGAUAUUUUUAUGGUCUAUCUACUGUUUAUCACUUAUUAUCAUGCACUUUAAAAAUUAGGUGCUUGCUUAAUGUUUAACAAAAGCAAAGUGGUUAGUUUUCAUUUUCAGAGAAAUUUCUCUGUACUCAUAAUUUAUCUACAUCAUAAACCUACUAAUAUAUUCAAAGCAAAAGUUCAAAAUUUUAUAAUUCACUGUUUUACUUAUUAUUAAAUACUAUCUGGUUCAGAUAAAUAAAGUAAGAAAGAUAAAUUAGUUUUAUCUUUAUUUUAAUGUCAUAAGCUUUGAGAGGUGUUGAUAUUAAUUCAUUUUUAAUUUUAAAAUCUUCUAGCUAAAAUUUUUAAAAGCUAAUUUUUGACAUUACUGUAAUUUUAAAAAUUCUUCAGUAUACACAUAAUUUUUAUCAACUUAUUUAGUAUCAACUAUUACAUUUAGUAAAGAGACUCUGCUCUAUAAUGAACUUAACUGCUAUUCAAUAUAUUUAUUCUCAUUAUACA